AUGAGCUCGAAGUUUGCCAGUCGCAGAAAGCCUCGCAAGGUCGGCGGUGAUGACUUGGAGGGAGAGGAGGACGGUGUCGCUGCUGCGCAGGGUUCGUUUACCAAGUUCUCCGCUCACCAAGCCGGAAGAAUAUCCAGAAAGGCGAAGCUAAUCACUGGAAAUACAGAGCCUGUUGUCAAGCGCCCAAUUAAAUCCAAAGUGAAAUCGAAAUCGAAAUUGAAUCUCUCCUUCGGUCCCGACGAGACCUCGAUGACGGAUAGCAACCAGGAAAGUGAAGUCAUCAUUCCUAAACGACAUGGCCUCGGUCGCAAGGUUAUGGAACGAAGUGCUUUUCAAAGAACCCUGACGCCCUCUGGACUAUCGGAUACAUUCUCCGCCCGUGUUGGACAUGACCAGGACCGUCCAAGCUACAGCAACGAAUAUCUCAAAGAAUUGCGAGACUCGACACCCUCCACCCCAAAAACGAGCACCGAUGACGAGAAAGACAGAACAAUUGACGUCGCGGCCAAAUUUGGCGAGCUUGUGACGGUUUCAGGGCCAUCAGCUAUUCCCAGUGAAGCGGAAAUACGGGAGAAAAAGGCCCGGCGCGCACGACUCGCCAUGGAACACACGGCCAAGGAGGACGAUUAUAUUUCCCUAGACGAUAACGGGGAGUAUGGGGAUGACUGGGAUGCGGUUGCAAGGGAUGAGAAGCCGGAGAAGGAACGGGAUACUCGAUUGUUGCGGGAUGACGAAGAUUUUGCGGAGGGAUUCGACGAAUUCGUGGAAGAUGGCAAGAUUGCUCUUGGGCGGAAAGCCGAGCGCGAACGAAAACACAAGGACCGCGAGGCCAUGCGGGAGCUCAUUGAUGAUGCCGAGGGAUUGUCCGACGAGGAAGAUUCAGACCUGGAACAGAAAGCGGCAUAUGAGGCCGCCCAAACCAAGGCAGCUAUCGGACAGAGCCAAUUUCGUGGGAUCGACCGACCCAAGACUCCUCCCAAAAUGACAUCGCUGCCUCGACUGGCCAGUAGUCUAGAACGAUUACGUACGUCUCUGGCGGGCAUGGAAACAUCGAAGACUCAGAUGAUUCGGCGCAUGGAAGAAUUGCGAAAGGAAAAGGAAGAAAUCGCCAUGCGAGAGGUGGAAAUCCAAGCGCUUAUCAAAGAAGCUGGAGAAAAUUAUGAGCGGCUCAAGAAGGAGGCCGGCAUCGACGCCGCUGCAGACGCCAACGCCUCGGCAGGAGCUUUACAGGCCCGUGGAUUGGAAAGCAUUGGCGCGCCCGUGGCAUCAUUGGAUUCCAGCUUGGAGGAGCCAUGA